GCGGCGCCGCCUCCCCCGUCGCCCGCCCGCCCGCGCUGGCCGCGAGCCUUCCAAGCAGCCAGAGAGCGAGAGGAGCGCUCGGGGAUGGGACUUGGAGGCGGCGGCCGAGGAGGAGACAGCGGCAGCGGCGCGGGCUUCUUGCUCAGCUCCCACGAGCGAUCCCCGAGGGUACCCGUGGCUCUCGACGAAGCGAGGAGGCCCACGAGAAAGACCCGGGUGGCCGCGCCUCUGUCUCGCUUCCCCGGCGCCGGCGGCUGCAGCUUUGCUCUGCUUCCCCUUCUUGAAGAUGGAAAAGAUGCAGGUGGGCUGCUUUCUGCUGAUUCUCGGACAGAUCCUGCUCCUCCCCACGGAGGCCAGGGAGCGGCCGCCCUCCCGGUCCAUCUCCAGAGGGAGACACGCUCGGACCCACCCUCAGACGGCCCUCCUGGAGAGCUCCUGUGAGAAUAAGCGGGCAGACCUGGUCUUCAUCAUCGACAGCUCUCGCAGCGUCAACACCCACGACUAUGCCAAAGUCAAGGAGUUCAUCGUGGACAUCUUGCAGUUCUUGGACAUAGGCCCUGACAUCACCCGAGUGGGGCUGCUCCAAUAUGGCAGCACUGUCAAGAAUGAGUUCUCCCUCAAGACCUUCAAGAGGAAGUCUGAGGUGGAGCGUGCCGUCAAGAGGAUGAGGCACCUGUCCACGGGCACCAUGACGGGGCUGGCCAUCCAGUAUGCCCUGAACAUCGCUUUCUCAGAAGCAGAAGGGGCCCGGCCCCUGAGGGAGAAUGUGCUGCGGGUCAUAAUGAUCGUGACGGAUGGGAGGCCACAGGACUCGGUGGCUGAGGUGGCCGCAAAGGCACGAGACACAGGCAUCCUGAUCUUUGCCAUUGGCGUGGGCCAGGUAGACCUCAACACACUGAAGGCCAUUGGGAGUGAGCCACAUGAGGACCAUGUCUUCCUGGUGGCCAACUUCAGCCAGAUGGAGUCGCUGAUCUCGGUGUUCCAGAACAAGCUGUGCAUGGUCCACAUGUGCAGCCUCCUGGAGCAUAACUGUGCUCACUUCUGCAUCAAUACCCCUGGCUCAUACAUCUGCAGGUGCAAACAAGGAUACAUCCUCGACUCGGAUCAGAUGACUUGCAGAAUCCAGGAUCUGUGUGCAGCAGAGGAUCAUGGCUGUGAGCAGCUCUGUGUGAAUGUGCUGGGCUCCUUCGUCUGCCAGUGCUACAGUGGCUACACUCUGGCUGAGGACGGGAAAAGGUGUGUGGCUGUGGACUACUGUGCCUCAGAAGACCAUGGAUGUGAACAUGAGUGUGUGAAUGCUGACGGCUCCUACUUUUGCCGGUGCCCUAAAGGAUUUUCCCUUAACCCAGAUAAAAAAACAUGCACAAGAAUCAACUACUGCGCGCUGAGCAAGCCGGGCUGCGAGCACGAAUGCGCCAACACGGCGGAGGGGUACUACUGCCGCUGCCGCCGGGGCUACACCCUGGACCCCAACGGCAAGACCUGCAGCCGGGUGGAUCAUUGCGCGCAGCAGGACCAUGGCUGUGAGCACCUGUGUCUGAACACCGAGGAGUCCUUCGUCUGCCAGUGCUCGGAGGGCUUCCUCAUCAACGAGGACCUCAAGACCUGCUCCCGGGCCGAUUAUUGCUUGCUGAGCGACCAUGGCUGCGAAUACUCCUGCGUCAACACGGACGGAUCCUUCGCUUGUCAGUGUCCCGAGGGACAUGUGCUCCGCAGUGAUGGGAAGACCUGUGCCAAAUUGGACUCUUGUGCUUUGGGUGACCAUGGUUGUGAACAUUCAUGUGUAAGCAGUGAAGACUCUUUUGUGUGCCGAUGCUUUGAAGGGUAUAUACUCCGAGAAGAUGGGAAAACCUGCAGAAGGAAAGAUGUCUGCCAAGCAGUAGACCAUGGCUGUGAACACAUCUGUGUGAACAGUGGCGAGUCGUACAUCUGCAAGUGCUUGGAGGGGUUCUGGCUUGCCCAGGAUGGGAAACACUGCAGAAGAAAGGAUGUCUGCAAAUCGACCCAUCAUGGCUGUGAGCACAUCUGUGUUAAUCGUGGCAAUUCCUACAUCUGCAAAUGCUCAGAGGGAUUCAUUCUAGCUGAGGAUGGAAGGCAGUGCAAGAGAUGCUCUGAAGGCCCAAUCGACCUGAUCUUUGUGAUCGAUGGAUCCAAGAGCCUCGGAGAAGAGAAUUUUGAGAUUGUGAAGCAGUUCGUCACCAGAAUUAUAGAUUCCUUGGCAAUUUCCCCCAAAGCCGCUCGAGUAGGGCUGCUCCAGUAUUCCACGCAGGUCCGCACAGAGUUUACUUUGAGAAACUUCAGCUCGGCCAAAGACAUGAAAAAAGCCGUGGCCCACAUAAAAUACAUGGGCAAAGGCUCUAUGACUGGGCUGGCCCUGAAGCACAUGUUUGAGAGAAGUUUCACCCAAGUAGAAGGGGCCAGGCCUCUCUCCAUGCGGGUGCCCCGAGUGGCCAUCGUGUUCACAGAUGGACGGGCUCAGGAUGACGUCUCCGAGUGGGCCAGUAAAGCCAAGGCCAAUGGUAUAACCAUGUAUGCGGUCGGCGUAGGAAAAGCCAUUGAGGAAGAACUGCAGGAGAUUGCCUCUGAGCCCACAAAGAAGCAUCUCUUCUAUGCGGAAGACUUCAGCACAAUGGGCGAGAUAAGUGAAAAACUAAAGAAAGGCAUAUGUGAAGCGCUGGAAGACUCCAGUGGAAGUCAGGACUCCCCAGCAGGGGAAUUGCCCAAGAGGGUCCACCAGCCAACAGAAUCUGAGCCAGUUACCAUAAAUAUCCGAGACCUACUUUCCUGUUCUAAUUUUGCAGUGCAACACAGAUAUCUGUUUGAAGAAGACAGUCUUUCACGGUCUACACAAAAACUUUUCCAUACGGCAAAACCUUCAGGAAGUCCUUUGGAAGAAAAACCUGAUCAAUGCAAAUGUGAAAACCUUAUAAUGUUCCAGAACCUUGCAAAUGAAGAAGUAAGAAAAUUAACACAACGCUAUAUCCUUUUCUAGUAUUAUGCUUCUGUAUGGAAUGGAAUGGAAAGAAUAUUAUAAAAUGUCACAAAUACUGUAUGUAGGGGUAUAUCAAAUGAAAUCGCUUCCAUAAAGUCAAGAAUAGUGAACUCCAGGAGAGGUGGUUUUUCUUAAACAGCCUGAUAGCUGUUUGAGAGCCAAGGGCAAGCCAAGCUUAGUGGCCAGGGGCAAACACUUAGUUGCCGUCUGCUCUUCUAGAGGAUUUAGCAAUAAGGCCAGUCAGCCAGUCAGUAUGCAAAGUAAAGAAGAAAAACAUAUUUAAUUAACUCUCUCUCUGCUGGCAGAAAAUGGAGGACAUAUACGGGUCUUAAGUAUACCAAAGGUAUAGUAUGUAUGGGCAAAGAAUGUUUUAGAAUGAAGAGGUUUCAAACUCCAUCUAAACUCCAAACCUUUUCUUUGGCCCCAAGACAUACUGUAGCCUCAUUUGGUCAGUGUUUAGUUUCUAGAGGAAUGGGAUACAGUUUUUCUUUUUCUUUUUGGUUUGGCAGCAAAGAUCUUUCAUAUCAGCACUCUUAAGAUGAAACAUUUCACUGAGGGAACAGCAGGCUCCAAUGAUUCAUUAAAACAAUAUUACAAAUAAAAGGAAUGCUUUGGGAUAAUGGAGAAAUAAGAAUUUAGUGCUUUUACACACUGAACAGCCUGCCAACUGCUCUGAAUUUAAGAUUAUAGUCAGCUUACUAAAGUUGGCAGAUAUCUAACACAACAUGCAUCAACUAGUCGAUAGGCAAAUAAAUGGUUUAAUUCUCAGCCAUCUCUGUGCCAGUGGGUUUAUAUACUAAGGAACAGCAUAUACCAAUUCCCUUCUGAAAACUGAAAAUGUGUUCCCCUAAGAAAAAUAAUCUGACAGUGGUUAAUAUAAAUAAUGAAUCUGGGCUCUCAUUCUGCCACCAGGGGGGCAGGUGGAGGGUAUUAAGGAGCCUGCAAGCGUGGAAGACAAGUGCUGCUUCUAAUGCUCCUUCCUCUUCAUUUUCCCACCUCAGUUCUGAGGGUCUACUUCAUAGGAGACUAAGAAAGUUUUAAUAUAUAAAAGCAUAGGUUGGAAGUCUUCCAGGUUGCUACCCUUUGGCCAUAUCUGGCAUGGGUGAAAACUGAUGUCUUAGUUUCCAAAGCCCUGUUUUCUUCUCUUUACCACAUUCCCACCUAUCAAUUCUGGCUCAUAGAGGUGUGCUUUGGCAAACUAAUUUAUAAGCAACAGAGGUGUGACUAGAAUUAAAAAUUAAAAAGAAUUUGAACUGAACCAUCUGCACAUCGAUAUUUAAAAAGUAUUUAACCUGAAAAAUGAUUAUCUUGGUAGCACGUGCUAAAUUAGUUACUGUAAAUUUACAAGUCAGGGUUUUAAAAUACUUAACAGAAAGGGAAAAAAACAAAGCCUUAUUUUUUUAGAACAAAUUUUUAUGUAGAUAAAUCAAGUUAUAUUUGAAUGUAAAUAAAAAUAAUACAGUUCAGGUUCAUCUUCCUUAAUAUGAGAUUUACUAGAAGAAAUGACACAGAGAAUGGAAGCCCUGGAAAAUCGCCUGAGAUACAGAUGAAGAUUCAAAAUACUCUGUAUUUGUACGUCAUUGUAUCAUCAAUUAAAAUGAAAGCAGUUCAGAGCCCUAAAGCUCAGCCUAUCAUUAAUUCUGUAAGGUUGUAAAGUAAAAUAUAAUUAGUACUGAGAAAGCUGGUUUGCUAUAGAACAAGGGCAAAAAGUAGACACUAACUUGUAUAAAUUUAAUGAGAAAAAGAAUCUUUCAGAAUCCUAAAGUUUACCAAGUGAGAAUAAGCUAGGCAAAGAUACUCUGUAACAUAAUGGCCAAGAUUUGCUUCUGCCUCUCCUUAGUGUUGCAAUCUCAUCUGACUACGAAAUAGUUUGCAAGGUCUUACUUCUGUAGAACACUGGCCAUAGGAAAAGCUAUUUUUUUGUAUUGGACUUUACCUUGAUAUAUGUAUAUGGACGUAUGCAUAAAAUCAUAGGACAUGGACUUGUAUAACAAGUUGGAUUUUUUUUUAUACAAUAUUAAAAUUCACUACUUCAGAGAA